AGAACAUAAAAUAACAUGAAUCAAAGCUAUCCGGCUUUCGUCAGCUUCCAUUCGUUGAGUAAUUGCUUUGCGUAUGCAAAACUGUUGACAGCCAUCAACAACGCCAAUGAUUUGUCUUCGGCUAACGAGAAAUUUGGUGGACCACUUCUUGGAAAUUUUCGAAUGAAAAGUUGUGAUAACCCAAAUAUUUAUUGCGAUAUUCAAGUUUUUGGUCAGUUCCCAUUCACAAAUGUGUUCAUCAAUUCGGUUUUUGCGGAGGUGUCCGGGUUUCACGAAAAGCAAGAGGUUAUCCUUGAAAAGAUGGAAAGCAAAACAUAUUGUUCUCAUAUUGAAGUUGCUCCGCGGACUGAAGACGACUACUCAGUAAUAGCUCAAUCUCAAAGUUCUAUUGAAAACGAGUUUUUGAAUCAAAUUCGAUUGGUUUCACAAAACAUGAUUAUCCCACACUUUUUAAGCCCCGGAGUCUACGUGCAAUUUAGAAUUUUGAAUAUUGUCCCGGCAUCUAACAAGCCAGUAAUGUUAAACAAUGACACAGAGCUUCAUGUGCAGACAGUUACCGAAGGAUCUCAAAACGAUGAAAAAGCAACAAUGGCUCAAAAAGUUUCAAACAUUGUCCAAGAUCUAAGCAUGCAGGGAUUUUUAUCAAACUAUGUGAUAAACUUGGAAAAAACACCAAUAAUCGGAAGAGUGCUACCCAAGAAAACCGUAGAGUUAUGGGUAAAAAGUGGUCUUGAAAAAUUAGACAAAUCUACCAUCUACAUUCCAGGAAAAGAAUCUUGUCUAUAUUCGGAGCACGGAAUUGUAGAAAUCAGAUCCCAAGGACGAGGAGAAAAUGAAGAGAGAUUUCAAUUUUUCUAUCUUCAUCGUUCACCAAACAUUUACUUAAGAAACCAAAGCAAUGAGCUAGACGCUUCCUUGUCACAUAUGUUUGAAUCUCUCCAGCUUGAAAAUAGGUGUCAUUGUGUGGAAGGAACUAACACUUUGGAACCUUAUAUGAAUAUUAAAAUUUUUGGAGUGACACAGAAUCGUAUUUGUACGUUGAGAUAUUGUGAAAUUAUGAUGGAGAAAGAGACUUUUCAAUGGGUGAAAGAAUUCGAACUGACAAAUGUUUUGACAAAAUCACUGCAUUCGGAACUUCAAGGAAAUCCAAUUUUGCUGUCGGUUGAAGGAAAAGAGCUGGACGUUGCAGUAGACGAUAAAGCAAUUCGUUUGAAAGUCGUUCCGAGUAUGAAAGGUCUUGUGAAAAGAGUAACUGAAAACACGUGUUUUUUAUUUGAUCUUACAACAGAGCUUAUUUUCCAGCAACUUGGAGAUUUGAAGCAAAAACACGGGGAUACGGAAAAUACACGAAGACGCCGGAAAAGAACUGAAGAAGCCGAGGCCUCUGAACAAAUUCCACAAAAGCCGGAAACAAGUACAAUGGAAAACUUUGGUUUUGCACAAAACAAACACUUCGUUCAAAUAGGAAGCCACUCAAAACUGCUGUCAGAGUUGGAUAAAGUUUGUUGUGGAGGAAAACAACACGUGAUGGUUCUUGGAGGAAAUGGUUCCGGAAAAACAACAUUCAUAAAAAAGUUGGCUCGUCGGCUCUCCCACAAUUCAUCAGUGACAUUUUGCAAAAUGGUUCCUUGUGCGCUGCUAAAAGGAAGGUCAGCUGAUAUAAUUGAAAAGCUGCUUUCGGACACUCUACACGAAAUGGAAGUCAAAAAACCAUCAUGCUUAUUCUUAGACGAUUUCGAUGUGAUUCUUCCACAAAUCGAUCAAGAACAGAGACAUUUGGCAAUGGAGAAAGUAGUAUCAGUAUUCGCCCAGAAAUUACGUACAACAGAAGUCAGCGUGGUCCUCGUUGCUCAGAGGCUAUCGAGCCUCAAUGACGGGUUUGUGGAGCAAGUUAUGCGAGCAAGGCCUAUUGUUUCCCGUAAAAUUGAAUUGGAGCAAUUGACUAAGGAAGACCGUUGUGAAAUAUUCGAGACAUUCUUGGAUCUACCAGAGAAUAGUGAUAUUAUCUCUGAAAUUGUGAAAAAGUCGGAUGGCUACACUUUCAGUGAAAUUGAAAAGUUGGCUGUCAGUAUAAACGUGGAAUGUGCUAUAAAAGGUGUUAAGUACAUAACAGAAAUCGAAGUGGAAAAAGCAUUUGAAUGCUUUGUGGCUGGAAAAAUGGGUAAAAUCGAAGAUGGACAAGUCCUUCCAACGAUGGAAGACGUCGGUGGAAUGUUUGAACAAAAGAAGCUUUUAGAGCAGGUUAUUAUAUGGCCAAGAAAGUAUCCUCAACUUUUCGAAUCCGUUGGAGUGCCAGUCAGCAAAGGAAUAUUGCUGCAUGGGCCGAGUGGGUGUGGAAAAACGCUUUUGGCAAACGCCACAAUUUCGAAUUCUAAUUUCAGUGUGGUUAACGUCAAAGGUCCUGAGUUGUUGUCGAAAUAUAUUGGAGCCAGUGAAGAAAAUGUGCGAUUAGUGUUUGAAAAAGCUCGUUCAUGUGCCCCGUGUAUUUUGUUCUUUGAUGAGCUGGAUUCGUUGGCUCCAAAAAGAGGACACGACUCGACUGGAGUGACAGAUCGUGUUGUCAAUCAAUUGCUCACCGAGCUGGAUGGUGCCGAAGGAGGAAUGAAAGGAGUAAUUAUUCUCGGAUGCACAAGUAGAAUUGAUUUAAUUGAUGACGCACUACUUCGACCAGGGAGGUUUGAUCACCACGUGUAUUGCGGACACCCAGAAAAGACAGAAAGACUUGAUAUCAUGAAAGUUCUAACCAACAAAUUGAAACCCACUGAUGUGGAUUUCGAAUGCUUAGCGCAGAAAACCGAUGGAUGGAGUGGUGCAGAUCUUCAAUUGCUCUUCACAAAUGCACAAUUUUACAAUGCAAGACAAAUUGCGAAAGAAGAAGACGGUCUGGAAGAAGAUAACGUACCGAUAGAUCAAGCCUCAAUCGAAAGUGUAUUCAACGACUCAAUUCCAAAACCAAAAAGGUCACAAGUGGAUAACCGGAUAGGUCAGAAAGUGACGUUAGCCUAAGGGCCUAGAACUCCGAAAAAUAGUUGUUGAAUUCAUGAGGGAGGCGGCUCAGCUUCACUUCGUGUGAUUGAUUUAUGUGUAUUUUAUGUUCCAUUCGAACGGCCAUUUUGGAAUAUAAAUUUCUGUACUCCAUUCGAAUAAAUUAUUUUUGUUUU